AUGCUGCUGCUGCUGCUGUCCCUGUUGCUGCUGCUGCCACUGGCCGUACUCCUGUGGCGGCCGCGGUCCUGGGAUGCCAGGCAGUCCUGGCUUGUCCGCCUCCAGCACCGUGUGGCGUGGGGGGCCCUGCGCUGGGCAGCCGCCUGGCAGCAGAAGAGACUAGCGCAGAGCACGUUGCACGCGGGCCAGAGCCAGCAGCAGGCCCUGAGGCGGUGUCUGCAUGGAGCCCAGGGUCCCCGUUGUACCCUCAGAGGGAACACAGAUAUAAGCACCUUCCGGAAUCAUAUCCCUCUGACCAAGGCCAGCCAGGCCCAGGAGGAAGAAAGUGGGGGGCAGCCCUUGCCCCCCACCUCAAACUGGUACCAUGGAGAGGCCUCUCUGCAGGCCACCUUGCUGGGUCUGGCGGCCCUAAACAAGGCCUACCCAGAAGUGCUGGCUCCAGGAGGCACGGCCCGUGUGACUGCUUCCUCCCCUUGGCCCUACCCUCUCCCCUGGCCUUGGCAUGCCCUGGGCCAGAUGAGCCCCACUGGAGCCAAGGACCGAAGGAUCCUGCUGCUGGAGGCAUUGAGGUCCCCAGGGCUUCGGGCUCUGGAAGCUGGGACAGCCACAGAGCUCCUAGAUGUCUUCUUGGACCUGGAGGCCCACGGGGAAGAGCUGGCUGAGGCCAUCGCUGCUGGGAACCCAGGAGCACCUCUCCCCAGACGGGCAGCUGAGCUGCGGGAGGCCCUGGAGCAGGGAAACCGAGGACUGGCCCUUCGGCUCUGGCCAAAACUGCAGGUGGUGGUGACUCUGGACGCAGGAGGCCAGGCUGAGGCUGUGGCCGCCCUGGGGGCCUUGUGGUGCCAAGGGCUCACCUUCUUCUCACCCGCUUACGCUGCUUCUGGAGGGGUGUUGGGCCUGAGUCUGUGGCCAGAGCAGCCCCAUGGCCUGUACCUUCUGCCCCCUGGAGCCCCCUUUAUUGAGCUGCUCCCUCUCAAGGAAGGAACUCGGGAAGAGGCUACCCCCACUGUCCUGCUGGCUGAGGCCCAGAAGGGCAAGGAGUAUGAGCUGGUGUUGACCAACCAUGCCAGCCUCACCAGGUGCCGGCUCGGUGAUGUGGUACAGGUAGUGAGUGUCUACAAUCAGUGUCCAGUCGUCAAAUUCAUCUGCAGGCUGGGCCAGACCCUGAGUGUUCGAGGCGAAGACACUGGUGAGGAUGUGUUCUCUGAGGCCCUGGGCCGGGCCGUGGGGCAGUGGCCGGGGGCCAAGCUGUUGGACCAUGGCUGGGUGGAGAGUAGGAUUCUGGAUUCCUCUGAGGGCUCCGCUCCCCACUAUGAGGUAUUUGUGGCACUGAAGGGGCUGAGGAACUUGUCAGAGGAAAAUCGAGACAAGCUUGACCACUGCCUUCAGGAAACCUCCACUCGCUACAAGUACCUGCGGUUCCGGGGCAGCAUGGGCCCUGCCCAAGUCCACCUGGUGGGGCAGGGGGCCUUCGGGGAACUGCGGACAGCCCUCGCUGCCUGCCCCUCGGCCCCUUUCCCUCCUGAGAUGCCCCGGGUCCUCAGGCACAGGCCCCUGGCCCAGUGCCUGCAGAGGAGGGUGGUGUCCUGA